AUGAAUAUUCAAAAUGAUAAUAGUGUAAUUCAACCAAAAGAUCAGAUUUCUAUACGAAUAAGAGUGAUAACAACACUAUUGUUAAUUUUAAUUUUAUUUAUAAUAACAACUGUAUUCGUAGAAAUUGAUACUGAUAAACGACAAAAUGAAUUUUUAAUAUCAACAUUGACAACAGCAUCAGCAGGAUUAAAUGGAGCUGAUGCAGUAUUUGCUGGAACAAUGUUUAGUGUUGCUGGAAAUUUUCCAUCAAAAUACAUAUCAUCCAUGUCACUAGGGCAAGCAAUUAGUGGUAUAUUUGCUGCUAUUUUUCAAAUACUAUCAUUGUGGCUGAGCACUGGACCAAUUGAAUUUUUCAAGUAUCAUAUGAAGGAGAAAGUGACGAUUAAAAAUUCUGAUAAAUCAAUUGAUGAUACACCAAGUUCAAGUGAUAAUAAUUCAGUAUCAUAUAUAAAAAUUAUCGUUAAAAUUUGGCCAUAUGGAUUGAGCAUUUUUUUGACAUUUUUUAUAACAUAUUUAGUUUAUCCAGGAGUUAAUUCACUGGUAAAGAGUGAAUCAUCAAGUACCAGCGAAUGGAGCGAUAAAUACUUUGUACCAGUUGCAACAUUUCUUACGUUCAGUAUUGGUGAUUAUUUUGGUUGUUUAUAUUCACGUUAUUCAUCUUGGGUAAAAUUUCAAAUUCGUAUAACACUCUGUAAAAUUGUGUUUUAA